GCCCUGCCUUUCCUAAUUUAUCCUGAAGAUGCGCGAUGCUUUGCGCUUGACUCCAAAGGUCGAGGGCUGGUUGAAGCACCAUGACCCAAAGCGCAAUUCAUUCGCCUCCCUGUCCCGCGAUCUCGUUUCCCUCCUGGAAUCCUGCAGUCGGACUUCCCAAAUCGCCCAAGUUCAUGGCUUUAUGGUCACGACUGGUUUGCAACACGACCCUUUCUCCGUCAGCAAGCUUCUCGCUUUUUCAAAACGAGACACACGAUACGCGGCCUCCAUAUUCGAAAAUAUCCGAGACCCAAAUCUGUUCAUGUUCAACACUAUGCUCAGAGCCUAUUCCAUUAGCGGAACACCCUGGAAGGCCUUUGGUGUUUUCAGUGACUUGAGGGCUCGGAGCUUCUUGCUCGAUCAGUUCUCUUUCAUCAUGACCCUUAAGUCUUGCUCCCGCGAAUCGUCUGUGGAAAUCGGACAGGCUAUACAUGGAGUUGCAUUGAGAUCUGGGCAUUUAUUGUUUGUCGAAGUUAAGAAUGCACUUCUGCACUUCUAUGGCGUUUGUGGGAAAAUUGAACACGCCCACAAGUUGUUCGAUGAAAUUCCAGAGGAGAAUGAUCUUGUCACGUGUAACACAAUGAUGGCUGCUUAUAUGCAAGCUUGUCAGCCAGCAAUGGCCAUGAAAUUGUUCAGGGAAGGGGUUAGGGGUGGCCAGGGAGUCAGCGAGACCACAUUGCUGUCGGUUCUGUCGGCUCUCGGUGAAUUAGAGGAUUCACGUGGAGGCGAAUCCAUUCAUGGCCACUGGAUGAAGGUCGGCUUCCAUUCUAAUAAGAAUAUUGUGACUGCUCUGAUUGACAUGUAUGCAAGAACAGGUAGUAUAGAAUUAGGACGUAGACUUUUUGAUGGGACCAUGUCUAGAGACGUCCUGUGGAAUUGCAUGAUAGAUAAAUAUGCAAAAGCUGGGCAGCUAGAUGAAGGGAUUACACUGCUAAAGCUCAUGAAAAGUGAACGAAUGAAUCCAAAUUCAUCCACUUUGGCAAGUCUGCUCUCAGCUUGUGCUGCCUCUGGAUCUAUCAAACUUGGCCGGUACCUAAGUAGCUUUGUAGAACAGGAGGCAAUGAAACUGGAUGCAGUUCUCGGUACAGCUUUGAUCGAUAUGUUUGCCAAAUCUGGGUUUCUAGACAAGGCGGUCGACAUCUUCCAGCGAAUGGCGAGCAAAGAUGUUAAGUCUUGGACUGCCAUGAUAUUAGGUUAUGGAGUUCAUGGGCAGUCGAGUAAUGCUGUUGCUCUCAUGUACAAAAUGGAGAGUGAAGGAUACAGGCCAAAUGAGGUCACUUUCUUGGCUGUACUAAGUGCUUGUAGUCAUGGUGGGAUGGUGAAAGAAGCAAUGGAAUGCUUUUGGAGGAUGGUUGAACGAUAUGGUCUCCUACCCAAAGUUGAGCACUAUGGUUGCAUUAUUGAUCUCUUGGGUCGUUUGGGAUUGUUGAAGGAAGCACAAGGCUUGAUUGAAGGGCUGCCACCAAUCAAAAGAGAUGCCACUGCUUGGCGUGCAAUACUUGCAGCCUGCAGAGUGUAUGGAGAUGUUGAAUUAGGGGAAUGUGUGAACAGAGUAUUGGUUGAAAUGGAUGAUCAACAUCCGACUGAUUCAAUGCUUUUAUCAGGCACUUAUGCCAUAGCUGGAAGGUUGAAAGAUCUAGGGAGCUUGCAGGUAACAACAGAAGAGCAGUUAGAUGCCAAAUUUAGGUGGAAGUCAAUAGGAAAGGAAGAAAGUAGGGUUAAAGAAGCUGGAUGUAGCAUGAUUGAGGUGGACCAUGGAUGGGAGGAAAACAUAGCUGGGCUUGAACUUCAUGCAACCAUGUUCCCUUGGCAGAAAAAGCAGUGAGUUAUAGGUUUGCAUGGAUGUAGAUUGCAGAAGACCUUCGCUACAGUUACUUUAGAGCUUUGAUAGUUUGUCGGGCCUCUCAUAUCAAGCUAAGUAUUAAGUGGUGUCGAUCAACUGAAGAUAAGAGACCUUUUAUGAUUUGAUUAAUGGGAAGCAUUGGCACCUAUGAAGGUCAGUGGAAUUCUUCACACUGGUUCACGUUUUCAAUUAGUGAUGCUUCACUGUAUUUGUGAAUCCUUUGACCCUAUUUUGCAAGUUACUGCAACUGCUGUGUUUGCUUAUAUAAGCUGUUCAUAUAGUUUCUGCUGGUACGUUAAUAAAUCUGCUACCAUAGCCAAUUUGUAAAGAGAAAUUGUGAAGAAAUCUAAAGAAACGUGUUCUUCAAGUCAAACGGGUUUAGAGAAGGUGAAGUUAUUUACAUGUUUCGACUUAGAAAGCUUAAUGCUACUAAUCCAUUUUGAAAAGGUUGUGAGGAUAAUGAAAUUGUAAACAGUCUAUAGCCCCUGGUUAACGUUUUGUAUGCUUAUAGUGUGUCCUACUCCCUAUUACAAGUUGAAAUUGUCAUUUCGCACUGAGUUUAGCAGUUUGAGAUAGUCAAAUGACAGUUUGCUGGAGAUUGUUUGUACGUGAGGUAUAUGUUUCUCACAUUUACAUUGGCUUUUGUUUUCUUUAACAUCAGCUCUGCUUGCGGUUUCAGAAGAAACAGUACCAAGCCUGGCAAAUGUAUAUGCUCAAGUACAGGUAUCGUAUCGGUACUUCUUGGUUUCUCGUGAAACAAUUGUGAAAUCUAUUUAGCUCAGCGCUUAUUCCAGUCUUCAAAUAGAAUUGUGGAAGCAUGUACUUGAAGCCUUUGAAACUCCAAACUGGAUACACCUUGUCUGUGUCGGGUAUCCAUAGGGCCUGCUUUCACCAGAACACUUUACGGGAAGGCAAAUCUUGCCCUUACUUUCUUUGUUGUUCAGAGUACAGUUGUAAAGUUUAUUUCUCUAUCUCUUUGUUGCAUUUUGUAAUUUCUUCAGUUUUUUGGUCUUUUCUUUUUCAGACAGCAAACUUGCGCUACAAGCCAGUUCUCACAUUAUCUCCAUCCACACCUUCAAGCGCAGAACAAUUUUGAAAAUUAGCUCAGGUCUAUCUAAGUGAAAGAUUCUGCUAAAAGGUCACUUGCAUUUUCGAUUACAGACCUUUUGGGUUACUGCAUUUGCAAACAGUGGUGCAAGCUUUUGCGAAGUCGGCUUCUAGAGCAGCUUAUGGGUGAUGACUUAUGAGCAGAAUUUCUUAGGAAGUAUAGAGAAUGUAAUGUUGUCUAAAACAUAGUAACUUGUAGUUUACUGAGAUUCCAGGUGCUCUUAAUAUGAGAUUCGUGUAAAGCAGAGAUCAGGGGGGGGCUUUUUGGCCCUUGAAGUGAGGACAACAGAAUGCUAACUUCAUUUCUUGGUGCUGUGUUCUAUAACAGGAGGGGACUUGAUUGGAUACCGGCAAUGAAUGUACAUUUCAUGAGUUGCAACUAUAUGUCAACAAUGGCGUGGUGAGCUAUUUCAAGGGGUGGAUUAAACCAGAGACAAUGAGUAACAACUGGAGUCAACAAUGGAGAUUGGAGCUGUCAGGUACAGCAUCGAAUUGAAUAGCUAUACAAUUCGAUGUGAUCUGAUCUGAUUUUGAUUCUGUUUAUUUAGACCUUUGUAUGUAUGUAAGAUAUUCAAUGGAAUCAUCCAACUAGAACCACACUUUAGCUUAGUUCUUUCGAUUUCCAUUAGUUCGAUCUGAUGUAAAUCGAACCGUAACUCAUGAGUUUAUAAAGCACAUCAAUGUAA